AUGCACUAGUCAAUCCAAAAGUACGAUUUUUAAACUGGAUGGAAGGAAAUAGAUCCAGUUAUUUAAAAGCUAAACAAAAUGUUAGACUAGUAAUCUGGAAGCGGCAACUCUGAGGAGAAGCUAAUGAUUAAUAAGAUAGAAUAUAGUAACACAUAUACACUUAUUUACAAUCUGUGCUUGGAAAAAGACUCCAAUAACUCUGAGUAGCUUUAUGAAUAAUAUAAAAAGCAAAUAUAAUCAUUCGUCAAGGAUAAAAUUUUCAAUAGCGUAAAGGGACUUAAAGGCGAGGAUUUGCUUAAGAAAAUAAUAUAAAAGUGGGAUACUUAUCAAAUCUUCUUAAGAUUCAUGACUAGAUUCUUUUCAUAUUUAGACAAGUCAUACAUAGAGCAUAAUAACCUUUAGAAGCUUAAAUAAAUAGGAUAUUACUUGUAUCUGAAACAAGUGCAUGAUCACUUAAAGGAUAAUAUUAUAUUAGCAUUUUAGCAAGAGAUAGAAAAAGAUAGAAACAAUUACAAGUCCGAUCUUGAUAUGCUCAGAAAAAUAUCAGAAAUAUUUGUAGAAAUUAAUAAAAGUGAUAACAAGGAUGAAAAUUACUAAAACUUAGGAAAAGCUAUUUUGAGUCAUGCAAAGGCUUACUACUAAAGCAAAUUUUAAGAAUGGUCUGAAUCCUGUUCUUGUGAAGAAUAUAUAUCGAAUAUAAUAAUAGUACAAAAAGAAGAAAAUAGAAGAUUUGAGAAGUGUUUUACCAAGUUUACUGACACUCAAAAGUAAAUCAGCUAGCUCUUUAACGAAGAAAUGGUUUUGAAGUAUAGACCUAUUCUUCUUGUCAAAGAUCAUGGCUUCACUUUUAUGUUAGAAAAUAAUAAGAGUCAUGUACUGCAAUAAAUUUAUUAGUUAUAUAAAAAUUUAAAUGAUAAUUUUGAAGAACUACGUCAAACAUUUGGUGAUUGGGUUUACAAAAUAGGUUCUAAUAUUUUCGAAGAAAAAAUUAAAUAAAAUAUUGAAGAGAAGCCAGAUUAAAAGAAAAAGAAACAUGCAACUGAUCAUGAAUUCGUAGAAAAAUUGUUUAAUGAAUAUAAAGAAAUGAACAAUAUGAUUGUGUAAAAUUUUAACAGCGAUGCCAAUUUUUAUAUGAGCUUUAAGGCUGCUCUAGAUAAAUUUUUAAAUGUUCCUAUUGAUGACUAUGGCCUUCCAGAAUUAUUAGCAAACUACACAGAUUUUAUAUUGAAGAAGGAGAAUUUAAAGCAGGAAGAGUUAGACUCGAAAUUGAAUUAGAUUAUUGAAAUAUUUAAUCAUUUGACAGAAAAAGACAUUUAUUUAAUCCUCUAUCAGAAGUAGCUAGCCACACGUUUGCUAAAGGCUGAAUUGAAGGCAGGAAGCAGAUAUGAUGAUGAAAGCUUAAUGAUUACUAAAAUUAAAGGAUGUUGUGGUUAGGGUUAAGAAACAAAGAAUUAUGAAGGAAUGAUAAGUGAUAUUAAGUACACUAUGGAUUUAAAGAAAAACUUUGAUGAGUACAUGAACCAAAAAAUAAAAGUUGUAGACUUGAAUGUUAAAGUAUUGUAAGAAGCGAAUUGGCCAUCAUAUAAAAGCACCACUGAAAUAAUUCUUCCUCCUUUAUAUGAAAAUUUGAAGGAAGAUUUUAAAAAAUUUUAUCAAUUAUAGAAAAAAAGUCAAAAGUUAAAUUGGAUAAAUACUUUAGGUAGUUUUGAUAUUAAAAUGAAUAUAACUUUUGAUAAAAGUAAUUUCUUUUUGGUAAAUGUUUCACCAUUAUAACUAUGCAUCCUCUUGCAGUUUGAAAAAGUUGAUACAUGGAUUCCCAUUUCAACUAUUCUGGCUACUAUAGGAAUGAAAAAGGAUAAUAUCGCAGAAUUUAACAAGGAAGUUGCUUAACUGAUUGGAAAAAAAAUAUUGUUAGCCUCCAAGUCUCAAACCUAAAAAUAAGAGGAAAAAAAAGAUGAAUCUGAUGAAGUUUCAUUCAAAUUUAAUACAUAGUUUACUUAUUAAAAGAAGAAAUUCUCUACAGUACCUGAAGAAAGCCAAUAAAAAUUCAAAAGAGAUAUUGUCAAUGAAAAUAGAGAACAUGUUAUCGAAGCUACGAUUGUCAGAAUCAUGAAAUCCAGAAAGACAAUGAAAUAUGGUGAGUUAGUUAGCGAAGUUAAUGUACUCUUGAGAAAGUUCUAAACUCAACCUCAUUAAAUUAAAAAGAGAAUCGAAUCUUUGGUAGAAAGAGAGUAUAUAGAAAGAGAUAAGAAUGAUAUGAAUUUAUAUCACUACAAAUAAUGA